CAAUCCUGUGUCCUCUCUUUCCCACCUCUCACCAUUCGGAAAUACCACUUUCCGUAGUCUGUUGAUCCAAGGUAUCAAUGGCUGGUAGUAUGGCGUGAAGUUCUCUUCUGCGGAUCUGAUGAAGUCCUCUUUAGACGCAUCUGCGCCACUUUCACUCCAGAUAUCGGAGAACAAUCUCCAACUGCAGGAAGCCCGCGUCGCCGUUGUCGAGGCAUGCGAGCAACUCAAAGCCCUAAUGAUGGGCCCUCGAGAGCUUCUGGCGGUAAACUGGACGGCGAAUACUAGCCUGAGAGCCAUUCUUCAUUACAAGCUAGACAAAACCUUUCCUGUCGGCGAGGAGUCGUCAUUCGAAGCAUUGGCUGAAGCCUCUGGUCUUAGUUAUCAUGACACCCGCCGGCUAAUCCGACAUGGCAUCUUGAACCACUACCUAUUUCAAGAGCCGUCCCCCGGCGUCAUCACGCAUUCGGCUCUCACGAAGGCCUUGGCCGAAGAUGAUCUCCUGCGCAAUGCCGUCGAAAAUGCGGUAGAAGAAUUCGUUCCGGUGAGCUGUAAACUUGUGGAUGCCAUGGAAAAGUGGCCUGGAUCUGAGGAAAACAACGAGACGGCUUUCUCGCUUGCUAAUGACGGCAAGUCAAGCAUGUGGGACACCUUCCAAACAUAUCCUGAGCGGGCCAACGAUUUUGGAAGGGCGAUGUCACAUUCUUCUGAUUACGACUCUGAACUUCUUCUAUCAAACUUUUCAUGGCCUGGGGAGGGUGUCGUGGUUGAUGUCGGCGGAUCACACGGCAGCGUUGCCGUCGACAUUGCGCGGCGCUUCCCGAAGAUAAGAUGCAUCGUUCAGGACUUACCGGAGGUAGUGAGACAGGGUGCCGCGCGCCUUCCCGACGACUUGAAGAAGAGGGUGCAGUUCAUGGCUCACGACUUCUUCACCCCGCAACCAGUGAAUGCGGAUAUGUACUAUUUUCGCUGGAUCCUGCACAAUUGGAGCGACAAAUACUGUAUCCACAUCCUGAAGAACCUGGUCCCGGCGUUGAAACCUGGCGCCUCAAUCAUAAUCCAUGAACGAGUCCUGCCUACGGACUUUGGGAAAAUUCCCAUUUUAGAUGCUAGGAACAUAAUAAACAUGGAUGUUGGUAUGCAGAUGCUGUUGAAUGCACGACAGCGGGAACUCGACGAGUGGCGAGAACUGUUCGUCCGUGCGGACUCAAGGUUCAGCUUCCGCCGUGCACAUCAACCCCCGAGAGGGAGGCUAUGGAUCAUGGAGGUCGUGUGGCAAGGUUGAGGGAGCUCGUCUUGGACCAAACGACCGUGCUGGGGGUUCCACUUUACCUCGCGCGCAGCCAUCGUCGCAGAAUCGACAUGAUGCUUCUCCGCACCUGCGGAGGUUAUCGCU